CUCAAAUCGACCCAAGCGUGUUGUGCGCGCCACAGAGACAUGCAGCCGGGCAUGAGCUUCGAGAUUGAAUGCACUCACGAAAACACGGUCGACAGACACGAUGCCCCCUCCUGUGCGUCCAUUGCAUCUUGCUACGUGGGGAAUGUCCGAGUGGACUGGGAUUGUGAGAGCAUUCGGCCCGUGAAUGCACACUGCUCCGUCCCCUGCACACAAAUCUGACGACAGGCACAGUUGUUCUGCUGCAGGCUUGUGCACAAGGCUGCUCUGCAUUCCCAUUGUUGCUGCGCCUCAGGUAAGCAGAAUUGCACAAGAGGUAGAGGCCACUAAUGGGAGUGUAGCACAGAAGUGGUUUGCUUCAUGUAAUCCCCUCUGAACAGACAACAGACGGACAAAUUGUAGGACAACGUCACAGCAUUUGUGUCCUUCUGCUCCUCCUCCUCUUGUGUUCAGUGUGUCUCCUGCCUGCCUGCUGCUGAUCCGCUGUGGUCGGCUGCGGAGCGCUGAGAGGGCUACAGCGGCGAAACCUCGUCCUCGCCAUCAUCAGCAACAUCAACAUCAUCUGCCACUUCAAACAGACGCGGGAGGACGGACGCCGCUUCUCCUUGGGCUGAUCACAACGGCGGCAGUCAGAAAGAACCUGUAGCUGACGACUCCAGCAGCGCCGCUCGCUUGAAAGCAGCAUGAGCUAAUUGAGGACCACCCCCAACUCCACAGCUGAUUCAAGCUUCUUUUCUUUUUUUCUACCCUGUUUGGGGCCGAUGGAAGUGUUCCAGUGUGUCAGUUGACUGACAGGGACGCAGUGGUGUUCGAGCCAGCAGCAAACAGUGCAGACGCCACGAAGGAGAUGGCCCGUCCAGGAUCAGGGUUGCUGGUGCCCGUCAACGGGCUGGGGUACCCGCCUCAGAACCUGGCCAGGGUGGUGGUCUGGGAGUGGUUGAACGAACACGGGCGCUGGAGGCCCUACAGCGCGGCGGUUUGCCACCACAUUGAGAACGUGCUGAAGGGGGACGCCCGGGGUUCCGUUGUCCUGGGGCAGGUGGAUGCCCAGCUCUCUCCCUACCUCAUCGACCUGCAGUCCAUGCACCAGUUUCGACAAGACACGGGCACCAUGAGACCAGUGCAGCGGAACUUCUACGAGCCUUCGUCUGCCCCCGGCAAAGGCGUGGUGUGGGAGUGGGAGAACGACAACGGUUCGUGGACGCCCUAUGACAUGGAGAUCUGCGUGACCAUUCAGAACGCCUACGAGAAGCAGCACCCCUGGCUGGACCUGACCUCUCUGGGCUUCUGCUACCUCAUUGACUUCAACAGCAUGUCCCAGACCAACAGGCAGAGCCAGCGCAAGCGGCGCCUGCGGAGACGCAUGGACCUGGCCUACCCGCUCAUCAUGGGCUCCAUCCCCAAGUCGCAGUCCUGGCCCGUCGGAGCCAGUUCUGGUCAGCCGUGCUCCUGUCAGCAGUGCAUCCUGGUCAACAGCACGCGGGCCGCCUCCAACGCUAUUCUGGCCUCUCAGCGGCGCAAGCUGUACGGAGGGACAGGGGGCAGCACGGGCGCUACAGGAAUCCUCACUGUUGUGCGGCAGAGCAACACCUUUGCGGGGACCUCCCUGUGGUCCCCGACAUCCACCUCCUCCGGCACCAACAAUAAUAACAUAAGUGUGGGAGGCGGGCAAGCCAAAGCGGAACAGGUGCCGUUGCCACUGUCCACCGCCAACUUCCCCUGUUCCCAAGUGACGGCAUCCCUUUCAUCCGCCCAUGGCCACCACGCUCUCACCCUCAACGGACAGAACAACCUGAACCGGCCGGGCACCCAGCGCAUUUCCAUGGGCUCUGCCAGAGGAGCCAUCCCACCAGGUGUUCCUGCGCUCCCAGUAAAGAACCUGACUGGAUCUGGACCAGUACACCCGGCACUAGCAGGUAUGACCGGUAUCCUGAUGUGCGCUGCAGGUCUGCCGGUUUGCCUGACGCGGGCUCCCAAGCCUAUACUUCACCCGCCGCCCAUUAACAAGAGUGACAUGAAGCCUGUUCCGGGGAUCAAUGGCAUGCGCCGCAAAACCAAGAAGAAGCACCUGAGGAGAGGGAAAAACCCAGAGGACGUUGUGCGAAGGUACACAGAGAGGAUUAAAGUGAUGCCAGACGAGGAUUGUACCAUCUGCAUGGAGAGGCUGGUCAUGUCGUCCGGCUAUGAAGGCGUCCUGCAGCACAAAGGCAUCAAGCCAGAGCUGGUGGGCAAACUUGGCAAAUGUGGGCACAUGUACCAUCUGCUCUGCCUGGUGGCCAUGUACAACAAUGGCAAUAAGGAUGGCAGUCUUCAGUGCCCAACAUGCAAAACCAUCUAUGGGGAGAAAACAGGCACCCAGCCCCCUGGGAAGAUGGAGUACCACGUCAUCCCCCACUGCCUGCCCGGCUACCAGGACUCCAAAACCAUCCGAAUCGUCUACGACAUUCCUGCCGGGAUCCAGACCAAUGAGCACCCCAACCCUGGGAAGAAGUUCAGUGCGAGAGGGUUCCCUCGACACUGCUACCUCCCUGACAACGAGCGAGGCAGGAAGGUCCUGAAGCUGCUGAUCAUGGCCUGGGACAGGCGCCUCAUCUUCACCAUUGGCACGUCCAGCACCACGGGCGAGUCGGACACAGUGGUGUGGAACGAGAUUCACCACAAGACAGAAUUUGGCACCAACCUGACCGGCCACGGCUACCCCGACCCCAACUAUCUUGACAACGUCCUGACAGAGCUUUUGGCCCAGGGGGUCGGCGAGGACAACCUGAAGGACUGAUGGCCAGCUGCGCUGGUACAAAGGAACACAAAGCCCACCAUCCCACGGAGAAGGGGGACACUGUAUGAUGGGCCAACAUGCAGCCGACGACUCUUUACUCCCCACAAACAAAAAAUACCCAACAGAAACGGUGGCACGAUGGAGCAACGGAUGCACAAUAAAUGACAUGCCCAUGAUCAAUGUUUAGAUUUGAAUAAGCAACGAUUUCCCCAGUGCUGUCUCUUGAUCCAUGCCCUGAGCAUGUUGCGUUCAUGCCAGAUUUUCUCAGAGGAUUUGAAAAAUGUAAAGAAAAGGUGAAUUCUCUGAGUUCUCUGAUGUUGGCUACGGGUUAGUGGUAUUUAAGCCCUUUUAGAUUCAAACUAAAACUGUUUCUCUGCACUUGGAGUAAAUGAUGAGGGGCCACGACUAUAGAAAAGGCAUAUCUGUAAAUGCUGAACUCCAGAAUGCAUGGCCCAGAUUAACACUGCAUAAUGAAUGUGCGAUUAUCUGUUAGGGCGAGGUUGUCAGUGGAUCAGUUGUUGCUUGAUAUUGUGACGAUACAUUUAAGAGAAUUUCAGCUUUACAAAUUAAUUUCAACUGAAUUGAUUAUCUUCUUCGUACUCUUACUUCUUAUUCUUAUAAUUAGUUAUUGACCUGUAACAAGUGGUUAUUCUUGGUUUUGUGAUUUGUAGAAGAGGAUCUUGACUCUGGUGAUGUCAUUUAAGGUUGCACUGCUUUAUCUGACCUGUUCAGGUUCUGACACCACAGGUCAGUUGCUCUGCGACAUGGAUGUGUGGUGUGUGGCGCAUGAAGUGGAUUCCAGCGAGAUAAAGGCUGUGAAGUGUUAAGUGUUUGGUAAUAAUUGUAUGUCGUACGGUUAACCUUGCGGACGGCCUAUGAGAGCAGACAUGAAAUAGAUGAAACAAGCAUCUUAGCAUUCAGUUUGAUGCUUGUUACGAGGUGUUGUCGAUUGUGAGGUUGUGGAGCGGGAUUUGCUGUGCUCCAUGGUGGAACUCAUUUGUUUUGUUGACACGCCUGACGAUGCUGACCUCCGUGAAUAUAAAGCCCGCGUUUUUUUUUUCUUCUCCCUGUUGGAGCAAACCCAGGGCGUUGGCAGGAUCCAUUAUGCUGUCCAUACAUAAGGGGUGAGCGCGCGAUUGCGUGCUCUGAGGCAUUAACACGCUGGCUUCAAGUCCCUAAGGAGAAAAGCAACUCACAGAUGGUGAGCCCCCCCCCCCCCCCAUCCUUUACAAACACCCAACAGUGUUCCCUUGGAGAUCCAUCUUGGGCAGCACUCCUGCUCGCCUGCAAUCUACAAGUCUCUCGUGGGCUUGUUUGCUGCUCGACAGUGCGCUGGGGCUUAGCUGCUUGUUAAGCGAGCAGUGAAACAUCUCAUUCCCAGCAUGAGCUCACUCAAGAGUUGUUUGGGCCGAUCCUGAUGCUAUGGCCUCGUCCUCAACUCUCCUCCUCCACAACAGCAGAGCACAUCAUUCCAGCAACCAUGCAAAUGUUGCUCUAGUCAGUAGUUGGUUGGGAACUACCCCCCCCCCCCACCCACCGCGAUUUAUUUUGCCCGUGAGCUAUAAGACUUUUUGAAGGUCCUUGGCGGAGAUCUUGUGAUGUUUCGUUGCGCUGAGAUAAAAGAUAAGCCAGUGCUGCAUAAAUCUCCAUAAAUAUAUCUGAUCAAUUUUAAUGAGCAGGGAGUGUUUAUGUAAGGUUUAUCGUGUGGGCACCCAGCUGUGGGCUUAAUUUUGGAGCGAAUCACAGUCUUCCAUAGCACUUUGAGGCAACAGUUUUGUUUAAUCAGUUGUUUGAUUUUUAGGGGAAUGUCUUGAAUUGCAACUAAAUCUGACUUUUUUUUUGAAGUUGAUGUUUAUAAACUGGCUUGCAAUGCUUUGAAAAAUAUAUAUGAUAUACAUUUGCAGAUGUUAUAUACCUUUAAAUUCAAGCUCAUUUUGAGUCAAUGGUGUAAGUUUAAUUUAUUUUUAUACUCUUCUAUAUAGAAAAUAUAAAGACUGGCCCACUUAUCUAUACACAGGCACACAUUAACAUGAAUACAUAAAAUCUGGCAAAUAUGCCAGGAUGUCAGGGACUGUUGUAAUAUGUAUGACAUGUUAUAGACGUCUUAUAUUACAAGUAGUCUUAGCGUAUGCUGCUGUCGUUACCUUAAUGUAGAAUCUUUGUAGUAAGUUCCCUGUGGAAUUCCAAUAAAUUCAGUAAAUGUUUCUUUAUUAUUGGUCGGGGAGCUUUAGCAGCAUGACAAUGGCUGCCCCGCCCCAAAUGGGCCAUUUGUUUUUUUUUCUACUUGCCCAGAACAGGAGUAUGGAUGCAGUCUGCGAUUUUUGUUCAGUCUGAAGAUGAAAACAACCUGGGUUAAAUAUCAGCUGCAAAUAUUCCGAGUUUGUUUUAGCUAACUGAAGCAAAAGAUUGGUGGGAUUCAGCCCAGAAAUACCCUGAAAAAAACCUUUAUUUUGUUUAAAGCUUGCUAUGUCUUACAUUGUGCUAUGUCUUACACACACGUGUGUGUGUGUGUGUGUGUGUGUGCGUGUCUCAUUCACUUACAUUCCACCGCUGUACAGUUGUGCAUGUUUAUUCAAACAGCAAGUGUACUGAUGCCUGAAUGAACGAUAAUGUUGCUUCAUAACCGCUGGAUGUCUUAAUAAGCAACUUUUUGGUUACAAGUCUGACAUAUUAAUUUAAAAGCUGAUGAUACAGCGUGUUUACACUGCCCCCGAGUGGCCAGGUUUUAAAUAUUUACGUUUUCAUUGGCUAUUACACUAUUUUUUUUGUUGUUGUUGUUUUUUUGUUUUAUCCAGCGUAUUUUAUCUCAAAUUCAAACUUUCUGGUCCCUAAACAAGCUGAAACAAACCACUAAGAGUAUUUUUGUAAGUGUGAUUUUGACCCAGGUGGUGAGAACAGCGAUUGUUUUGGCCUGUUCCAUUUCAAGUUUUCUCCCUCACCCUUUUGGCACCCUUUAUAAAAUGGGACAGCAAGAGUGAAUGCUUCCAAUCUAUCAGGGAUUUUGUUUUCCAUGUUGACUGAAGUUUCAUUAACUAGAGAAGUCCAAAUGUUUCCUUCUUGACUUUUCAUUUCCAUGUGUCGGUCUUGCAGUGAGAACGACGCAGGCCCUUUAGACUUUUCAGGUGUGUACAGACUUAUAUGGGAACGAUGACUAAAACGUGGUUUGGCAUUCGUCUGAUAAAGGAAGAGAGAGAUGGUGUUUAUGCAAUUUACUAUUUCUAAGAUCUAAUACAUGAUUUAUGUGUAGCAGGAAGGCUGAUCUGUGGUUAAAAUGACAGCGGGUGUUUUCUUUAUAGGGGUGCCUAACUCCCAGUUUAUAAACGACUGGAUUGCGAUCUGAUGAUGUUCACAUGCUAUGUAUUAGAAAACAGAUAUUUUUGAUGUCUUUUUUUGAAUGAUGAGUGUCUCUAAAAGAACUAUUACAUUACAUUGCUGUAUUCCUCUUAUUAAGAUUCAUUCCAUGCUAUUUUUUCCUUUUGAUUAAGAAGUGGGAUGAAGGAUUAAAUCCCUUUGUACCAACACAUGAAGUAUUUACAGUUGUACUCUCUGAAAAACUCUCCACUGAAAACUGUACUUCUUUCUCUAAAGGAUACCUUAACAUUUUUGUGUGGAUAUACUGUACGUUUGGAUCUGUCUGUCUGUGUGUGAAUGUGUGCGCCAAGCGUACAUCUUGUAGGCAAAGCUUCGGUUCAUGUCCUUUACAGAUACAGCAAUGUUCUCCUGGAGGUGCAUGUUAACCAAACUGUGAGCAAGUGUAUUGACAACGCAUAGCUUUUUGUGUAUGAACACAUCAUAGCUUCUUUAGAAAUGAAAGGUCUUCUGGUGAUUUAGCACUGUGGUUUUGCAUCUUACUCCAGUUAGUCAGAAAUGUUGUUUUUCCUUCGAUCAGCUUUGAUUCACGCAGAUGGGGACGAGACGGCGUUUGGCCGCUCGCCCUCACUCUUUUCGACGACGGGUGAAACAUCUGAAUGUUUCCGCAUUUUAAGUGCCCACUUCGAUUGACAUUUUCAAAUCAUUGUCUUUGUGGUUUGAUUUCUCUUGAGCGGUUUCUACAUGUUGCUUUUAAAAAUGGUUCACCAAGAGAAUCGGAGAUAAACUGAAAGUAAGAUAUAGAGACACAUUUAUGAAACUAUAAAGGGCUUCUUAAUCUAUCGGUCUUUAUUGAAUUGUGAUGACCUUGUUGCAUGUUUGUGUGUUUCUUGUGGAAAAAAAUAAAUGUGCCCUUCGCAGGGGUCGUUUGUUUGA